AUGUUUAUUAAAAACGAUCACGCCGGUGACAGAACCCGUUUAGAAGAUUGGAGAAUCAAAGGGUAUGAUCCUUUAACUCCACCAGAUCUUCUUCAACAUGAAUAUCCAAUUUCUGAAAAUGGUCAUAAGAUCAUUGUUGACGCAAGAGAUGGUGUUUGUGAUAUAUUAAAUGGUAAAGACGAUAGACUAGUUAUCGUCAUUGGUCCAUGUUCCAUUCAUGAUCCCAAAGCUGCCUAUGAAUAUGCUGAUAGAUUACAGAAAAUUUCUAAAGAACUAUCAAAAGAUCUUUUAAUUAUUAUGAGAGCUUAUUUGGAAAAACCGAGAACCACCGUAGGUUGGAAGGGUUUAAUUAAUGACCCUGAUAUUGAUAAUUCAUUCCAAAUCAAUAAAGGUUUAAGAAUCUCAAGAGAAAUGUUCACUAAGUUAGUUGAAAAAUUACCAAUUGCUGGUGAGAUGUUGGAUACUAUCUCUCCUCAAUUCUUAAGUGAUUGUUUCUCUCUUGGUGCUAUCGGUGCUAGAACAACUGAAUCCCAACUUCAUAGAGAAUUAGCGUCUGGUUUAUCUUUCCCAAUUGGGUUCAAGAAUGGUACCGACGGUGGUUUACAAGUGUCUAUUGAUGCAAUGAGAGCAGCAGCACAUGAACAUUACUUCCUUUCCGUUACGAAACCAGGUGUUACCGCUAUCGUAGGUACAGAAGGGAACAAGGAUACUUUCGUUAUCUUAAGAGGUGGUAAGAACGGUACUAAUUUCGAUUCUGAAAGUGUCCAAAUUACUAAGCAAGAACUUAAGAAAGCUAAAUUGAUUGAUGAACAAGAUACUCAAAGAAGAAUUAUGAUUGAUUGUUCUCAUGGUAAUAGUAGCAAAGAUUUCAGAAAUCAACCAAAGGUCGCACAAAGUAUUUACGAUCAAUUGAGUUCUGGUGAAAACGCUCUAUGUGGUGUCAUGAUUGAAUCUAACUUGGUGGAAGGCAGACAAGACGUCCCACCAGAAGGUGGUCGUGCCGGACUUAUAUACGGUUGUUCCAUUACUGAUGCUUGUAUCAGCUGGGAAACCACUGAAGAUGUUCUAAGACUGUUAGCUGAAGGUGUCAGAAAUAGAAGAGCUGUAUUGAGCAGAAAUUAA